AUGUCGGUCGAGGACGUCGACCGGCGUGCCAAAUAUGCCGUCAUCCCGAAAUCUGUCAACGAAACAAAGGUCGUAAAACUACAGCUGAAAGAGCUAAAGACGCAGAAAGAAGUCAGGACGGUGCUGCCCGAGGAGAAAUAUGUUUCUGGGCUCGAGAAAAUUAUCGUUCGAGACUAUUUUCCAGAGUUGCCGAUAUUGAAGGCAAAGCAAGACUAUAUGGAUGCGGUAGCCAGGAAUGAUGUGGCGAAAAUGAGGGAGCUUCAAUUGAGGUAUUCUACUAACCGCCGGACAGAAAGACGAACUUCUCCUCUAGCCGGCACUAGAAAGGCAACAAGUCCUAUCAAAAGAGGAGUUGACGACGAGACACCGAAUAUUUUUGAUCCGGAAACACCAGGGCCUGCCGAAACAGUGCGACCGGGAAGCCCAGCGUGGAACGAGGAGGAGGGCGAUAAUGAGGCUGAACUCGCACGGCAAAAAGCCAAGAAAAGGAAGAAGGAACAACUCAGCGUUGACGGCUACCUGAACACGUUUACCUCGGAGGACAACGCCUCUUUCGAGGAGCUGACCGAUCUGAUGGACCAGCGCGAGAAGGUGCAGAACGCGUGGAUCUAUCGGAAUGCCGAGCGUCAUAAUAAAGAAUUGAUCUAUCGUGCCCCAGACAUGUUGAUGGCGGCGGAUGCGCAGUUGGCGCUGAGAGAUGCUCCAGAGUAUGCGAAAGUUAAACCAAUCGAACUCGACAACUGGAACUAUACAGCGCGAAAUUCGGUUCUUUUCCACCCGGCUGGCGCUGAAUUGACGCAGCAAGAAAUGAUCGAGAGGGCCGCCAAGAAUCAGCGUGAGAUCAACAAAGUAGCGACACGAUUCCCGGGAGAUUUGAAGAACAAACCGAGUGGGGCAUCAAUGGCUCGGGCCGCCUUCAUGCAAGCCCAAGUUCAAGCCGGAAAAAUCGACGUAACUGGCAAGGAGCUCGGCCUUUCCGAUGCUGCACUUGGGAUUCUUGCUACGCCAACUGUAGUGCCAGGUGUUGAUGAUUCCCCGUUGAUGACGUGGGGAGAGAUCGAUGGCACGCCCUUCCGGCUCGACGGCUCUGAUAUCGAGCCACAGAUGAGCAACGCGCCCACCUUUAAGAUACCCGAAAUCCCGAUGCGGGACCAUGUGGCGAGGAACAUCACCGACACGAUUGCGCAGCGGUAUCGCGACAAGCGACAAAAUGCCAUCAAAAAUGCCGAAGCCGUGCAUAAAUCCCCGGGUUUCGGGUCGAGCCGCUACUCGGACAAGCUGGCCAGAAUGUCGCCGGCGGCACGGGCGCUGGUGACGAACAAGCUCGGAAUUCGCCUCGGCACUGCUUCCCCUUCCCCGUCGACAACCCCGGAAACACCAUACACGCCAAACUCCUUCAAAAGCCCGAUGUCGACGUUGGUGCGCCGCACACCGGGCAUGGCACGAAAGAGCACUCCUUCCGCUGUUGGCUCGAUCACCGACAACUUGCUGAACAUCUCGACUCCAAAAGCACCACCGCCUUCAACCAAAGAAAGCCCUGGCCCCUCCCCCACGCCACAACAACCCUCCACCAGCUCGUCGGGCAGAGCAAAAGCUUCAGACUAUUUU